AUGAGCAGUAAUAACAUCAAUCGAACAGUUGGAGCACUUAUACUUGUUCCCAUAAUUAUCGCAGCAUCAGCAGCAUUUAUUGCUGUCAAGGCAACCGACUAUAUUCAAGUCUUGACAAAAUAUUUAAGUAAGUCCUGGAAAAAAAAUCGCCUUCGGACUACAAUUGGAAAACUUAGUAAGAAAUCUCAUAGAAGAUACAAAUCCAGAUCGAUUCAAACAUUUGCAGAUUCUUGGUGUGAUAUUGAAAGCACCUGCAGUGGACAAGGAAGUGUAUACAACCACUUUCAAGGACAAGAGAUAUUGGAGAGACCGCACACUCUCAAAUCUGGCAUAAUAUGGCAUCCCUCUCGCGCAAGUCGCUUGGCAUGGAGUUUUGCGAGUCCGAUAUCGCUAAACCACAACCUCUUCGGGUUAUCAAACGUAGCCAAACCAUCAGCUAUUGCUCGCCGUCAGGAAAAAGUCUUGAUGGAAGACCUAGCUCUCCCGACUCUUUCAAUCAGCGUGAGGGAAGUCCCCCGAUGA